GUCACGGUCUUCCAACAGCCAAAUUACUUGGCGAAUUUCGUCCAGGCAACCUUCAAUUCACUUCCCGCUGACAAGAUCCAGGGCUGCACUCUCGUGGUUUCCGGUGACGGUCGGUACUAUUCCAAGGACGCGGUUCAGAUUAUCGCCAAGCUCGCAGCCGGUAAUGGAGUUCGCCGGAUCUGGGUGGGUCAGGACAGCCUCCUCUCCACGCCCGCUGUGUCUGGAAUCAUCCGCGAUCGCGUCGGCAUCCAG